GCAAGCAAUGCAGUUGAUGGAAAUAUAUCAACAUGUGCCAGAACAAAGGUUAUUUCACCUUACGGUCCUGACCACGUGUCCUGGUGGCGUGUAGACCUUGGAAGCAUAGUCAGUAUUUAUAGUGUCAGGAUACAGUUCAAAGACUAUGGAGAACAACAUGCUGCUAGACAAAAGGGGCGUUUUGCAGGAUUCUCUUUGUACGUAUCAAACACAAUGAAACAAGAGGAAUUGUUUCUCUGUUACAAAAAUGGACCUGAACUACCACCCUUGGAUUUCACCAUAAACUGCUCCAAACAUGGUCGGUACAUCAAAUAUUACAACGAGAGACUUCCCAACAUAGAUUAUCCUGAUGUCUAUGAACUCCAAGCAUAUUCUCAAUUGUGUGAAGUUACAGUGGAAGGUUGCAGAACUCCAGGGCGUUAUGGCAGUAACUGUUCUCUCCAAUGUCCACUUAAUUGUCAAAAUCAGCGAUGUGAUAUUGUCAACGGAUCCUGCCUUGGAUGUCGGCCUGGAUGGACAGGAACAUUCUGUAAUCAGCCAUGCGAGGUUGGUUUUUAUGGACUUGAGUGCAGUGGGACUUGUUCUAGACACUGUUUGGAUAAUACGACUUGCAGUUAUGUUAAUGGAAACUGCGAAAAAGGAUGUGUAGAGGGAUUUGGAGGAAUGAAAUGUGAAGAAGAAUGUGAAAAUGGUAAUUAUGGGAAGAAUUGUGCCUUAAACUGCAGUGGAAACUGUUUACGUAAUCUAACCUGCAAUCGGUUUUCCGGUAAAUGUGAAGAAGGCUGCACUCCAGGACAUACUGGUGUGCGUUGUGAUGAAGUAUGUCCCUUCGGAUUUUUUGGUCAGAACUGUUCAGAAAAGUGUAGUUUUACCUGCAAGAGUGCUUGCAAUCAUGUGACAGGGAAUUGUAAUGCUGGUUGUAAAGCUGGCUACCAUGGCGAAAAAUGUGAUAAACUUUGCCGCUUUGGUCGAUACGGGAAUAAUUGUUCUAAAGAUUGCAGCUUAAAUUGCGUAAACCAGUCUUGUGACCACGAAAUGGGUGCAUGUAAAUAUGGAUGUAUUCCAGGUUGGGAAAACCCCAAGUGUUCUGAAGAAUGUUCACCAAUGACUUUCGGACCAAAAUGUAAAUACAAAUGUAGUGGUCAUUGUGCAGGAUCGGAUACUUGUAAUCACGUGACUGGAAUUUGUGCAAAAGGAUGCGCAGACGGAUAUAAUGGAUCCUUCUGCGACUUAAAAUGUGUGGAAGGAUACUUUGGUACAAAUUGCUUGCGUCGGUGUUCAGAAAACUGCACGAACACUUGUAACCAUGUUAGUGGAAUAUGUUACUGUUCCCCUGGCUUUUCGAAUGAUCCUUAUUGCAAGGAAUUACUCAGAGGGGAACAGAACGGUGAAACAAAUAGCAAAACAGUCGCACUGAUUUUCUCUGUUGGGUUUAAUUUCUUACUGCUUUGCUCUGUAGUCUUCUUGAUCAGAACGAUUCAAAUCAAGAGAAAAACUGAAUCAAGAACAACAAAACAGAACAUGGAGCCAUUAAGUACUGAAAAUUCUAUGGAUGUACACUAUCAAGAUUUGGAAACAGUAGACCGAUCUUUCUGCUACGAAGAGCUACAUUGACUACGAAAGACCAUAAAUCUCUUUAUCAAAAUUAUAAUGAUAUAUAAGAACAACAAUGCUUAUCUAUCAAAUGAUCCAAGAUUUUACCUUAUUAUUAUUCUUGGUUAAAGACCAGUAUGCAUGGUAAAGUAGGUAUUAUCUCAUUUGUUACAUGUAUUGUGUAGAUCUUCUGUAGAUGUGUGGAAA